AUGGGUGCCCUAUUCUCACGCUUUCGAUCAAAGACUGAGGACAAUUAUGAAAAAAUCUUAUCUGAGCUCGACGAAAACAUUCGAAGAGCUGAGAUUCGACUUCGUGAAAUAAGAAUCCGAGAACGUAAUGCACUGAUAAUUUUGAUCGUAUACUCGCUAAUAGCCUAUGUCACAUAUGUGGCAGGUUAUUGGUAUUUUGUAUACAUGUCUACCGAAGAAGAAGAAGGUUGGGACCUGCUAAAAUUGGCGCCCGUCUUCACGGGUCCUUUUCUCAUAGUGAUUGGUUAUAAAUUUGAGACUUUGUGGUAUAGACGAAUAGAGUCAAAUGAACAGGCCCAGCUAGAACAACUCAGAGCAAAACAAAAGCUCAAAAUUGAGGAGUUGAAGAAAAAGACAGCUUAUUAUGUUACAAAGAACUUGGUAGAACGUUAUGAUUCUCCAAAAGAAGCAAAUCAAUCAGUCCCACAUCCACCGCAGGGGCAGAAAGGAGUUGUUUUAAGGCCUGGUCAGCAAAUCAAUCCCAACUUGAGGCAACGUUUGCCACCUAAUUCCCAGACUCCUCAGACUCCUCAGACAUCUCAGACAUCAUCUGAUCAUAAAGAUAUCAAUGAAGAAAAAACGAAUGUGAUUUCAGCAGGCGUGGGCGGAAACGAUUCGUUUCCGAGCAAUUAUUCUACAAAUUCACCAAGUUCAAUAACGCCUGUGCAACGACGUUGGUACGAUAAGUUAGUGGAUAUUCUCGUUGGCGAAGAUGAACAGAAGUAUGCAUUGAUCUGUCAAAAAUGUUUCACAUGGAAUGGACUGACAUUUCCUGCCGAUUUUGAGGACGUUCAAUAUAUCUGUAAAAAUUGUAACCACUUUAAUCCUUCUCGACGAAGUCAACGUAAUGGCAUUUCCUCUCUUGAUGGACCACAGAAUAUUUCAAGUAUCUCUAAUGGAACAAAUGGUAUCAACGAUACUAAUGUCAGUAACUUCAGCAUGAGUAAUGGACGUGUCGAUCAAAUAAGCGACCACUCUAAGUUGGUUGAUCUUACAACCCCAAGAAGGGGACUGGCUGUCAGCAAAAGAUUGGCAUCAAGAUCUAACAGUAGGAGAAGGAGAAGCAGUCGUAGUCAGAAUAGACUUGGCAAUCGCCAAGGAAGCGAUGAUGAUAACAAACCGUAUGUCAUUGACGACGACGGUAUCAACGGUAUCAACGUUCGUGAGGAGUGA